GCCUUUCCAUCGAGAUGACAAAAUACCGCAUCGCAGUUCAGCCAAGAUGUGGAGCAAGGUCUUUUUCGUAUGUCUGCUGUCAGCACUGCAACAAUCAUCGUUCGGCGUUGACUUGAAAUUUCGAGAAUGUUCUCCAAGGAUGCCGACUGCGGUGUCAAACUGGAGCAGCCCUUACUGUGUGUGCAAUUCGACAUACUGCGACGAUGCACCACGGAUAUCGAGGCCCUCUGGCAGUUUCAGAUCGUAUGUGCUAAUUUCCACGAGCAAAGACGGCCUGAGAUUCAGCACUUCGACCGGGAGCUUCAGAGGGUCCGACGCGGCUCCGGAUAUCAAACCUGACGCAAGCAUCACAGUCGAUCCCUCUAUGACAUAUCAAGAUAUUCUUGGCUUUGGUGCUGCUGCCACGGACGCCACUGGAAUAAACAUCAAUUCCUUACCCGAAGCGGCUCAAAACGAAUUUAUAAGGUCUUACUUUUCCGAGGAUGGGCUUGAGUACACGAUAAUCCGGGUUCCGAUGGCGGGUACCGACUUUUCCACCAGGCCUUACAGCUACGCAAUGGUCGAGAAUGACACCCUCCUUGAGUACUUUGCUCUCGCUGAGGAAGACCACCGCUUCAAGAUCCCGUUUAUCCGGAGAGCCAUGAAGCUCAGCAGGCGUCCCAUCAACCUGCUCGCCUCGCCUUGGAGCCCGUCACCAUGGAUGAAAGCACGGCCAACGUGGACAGGCUCGAAUACUCUGAAGCGAGAAUACUGGCACACGUGGGCCUUCUAUUUUGCUAAGUUCUUCAAGGAAUACCAAGAUCAAGGUCUCAACUUCUGGGCCUUGACCCCUCAGAAUGAACCGUUGAACGCUUUCGGUGCUCUGCCCAUAAACUCGAUGGAAUGGACGGUGGAGGACCAGCGUGAUUGGGUAGUCAAUUUCCUGGUGCCUGUACUCAAGAAGACUGGCUUCGAGAACAUCAAUAUUAUACUGGUUGACGGGAUGAGGCACCUGGUUCCUGAGUGGCCACAGAUUUUCAUGAACGACUCUUCGACGAGGAAACAGUUCGCAGGAACAGGAGUGCAUUGGUACUUGGACCACAGUUACUCGGUGGACAGACUGGACGAGACCCAUGAUUUGUUUCCGGAUAAAUUUAUAAUCUACACCGAGUCGUGUCCAGAUUACGACGCAGAUUUGGGCUCGUGGUACAGAGCCGAGCAAUUCGCAGUCAGCAUCAUCGACACGUUAAACCAUUGGGUUGUCGGGUGGUUGGAUUGGAACAUGGCGUUGGAUGAGCGCGGUGGUCCCAACUGGAACGGAAAUUUCAUGGGAGCUGGUGUGAUCGUCAAUGGUUCGGCGGGAGAAUUCUACAAGCAGCCCACCUUCUACACAAUGGGCCAUUUUUCAAAAUACGUCCCUCCCGGCAGCGUAAGAAUUGGUACAUCAAACGAAGGACCAUUUGAAAUAAAAACGGUGGCUUUUCGAAGACCCGACAACUCAACGGCGAUUGUAUUUCUGAAUACGCAUGAUUCCGAGAGGAUUAUUUCCGUGUCGGAUAUCACGAAGGGGGCGAUUGAGUUCAGUAUUCCCGAAACAGCAAACAAAAAAUCCAAGUGUAACAGCUCAGGUAUGGUAUCAUGGAGUGAACGGAGAACGGGUCUGGCUCCUUUACGAUCCUUGGACCUGCGUCAUCUAGCCGUCGCGGUAACUGACCACUCCUCAUUGCUUGGCUUGAGCAAUUAUAAGGUUACGUACAAAAGUUGAAAAGAUAAGCAAUCUACAAAAACACGUAUAAGAAAUAUAUUCGCCUAUAAUCGUUUAUCACGUGUAAAUUUAGGUACGUGAUAAAUGGUUGUGUUUGAGUUUCAAGUAUAAUCUGUAGACCUGGAGUGUACAAAAAAAAAAAAUGACAUUGUAAGCCCGUAAAAAAAAGUUGUCCAUUCAUUAUUA